CGUUUAGUCUCGUGGUGUUCACGCGACUGUGUUUGAAUAUUAUUCUAGUAGACUGAAACUACCGUCUAUUAAUUGCAACAACUAUCAACCCCAUCUGGAUUCUUUCGUUCUUCCUCUGUCAGUUUCAAAAGUUAGAAUACAACAAAGUUAGGGCACCAAUCCGAGAUUCAAUCCAAUUUUCUAGGGUUUCAAUUUUCCUUCUCAUAGAUCACUUAAAUCAUAAGAAUCUUAGACUCCGAAAUUCCGUAAAUAGUUUUCUGAAAUUCUAUUUGUUUUUUUUUUCUCCCUAAGUUUCCACGGUGUAGGAAUUUGUUCUGAUGGCGAAAAUCAAACCUCAAACAUUGUUAUUACAAAGCAAAAAGAAAAAGGGUCCAACCAGGAUCAGUGUUACCACUAUUAUUAUGUGUAAUUUGAUCGUUGUUUUGAUUGUUUUAUCUUUAGUUGCUACUUACAGACAUUGGUCUCAGAGGUCAAGAUCGCAGGCAGAAAACGGCUUAUUGAAUCACGAGGGAGUUGAUGCUUUUUCAAAGGACUUGAAGAAAUAUGAACUUCCAGGUUAUGCUAUUUUAAACACAUCUAAAGGUUUGAUAACGGUGGAGCUUUACAAGGACUCUGCUCCUGAGAUAGUGGACAGAUUCCUUGACCUAUGUCAGAAGGGACACUUUAAAGGAAUGGCUUUUCACCGAGUAAUAAAAAACUAUGUGAUCCAAGGAGGGGAUUCUCAGACACUUGGAUCUGCUGAAGAUUGGACCCUGAGUGGAAAGCACCCCAGUGAACUAAGUUUGAAGCACGAGGCAUUUAUGCUUGGGACUUCAAAGCUUAAACAUGAUAAUAAAGGAUUUGAGCUUUUUAUCACAACGGCGCCAAUCCCAGAUCUUAAUGAAAAGCUUAUUGUAUUCGGACGAGUCGUGAAAGGAGAAGAUGUCGUUCAGGAAAUCGAAGAGGUCGAUACAGAUGAACACUACAGACCAAAAUCCCCCAUAGGGAUUGUCGAUGUAACUCUGAAGCGGGAUCUUUAAUAUUCCUUUUUUUAACCCUGCCUCUUGUGAAAAAGCUCAACAUUGUUUGCUUACCCUGUCAGAGGAAUUGCGUGAAAAGUUUUCAACCUUGUUUUGGGGCAUGCUAUUUUCUGCUUAUCCAAGGAUCUGACAGAAGAGGAGCAUUAGCAAGGGUUUGUUUAUUACUGAAACAGAAAGGAUUGAAGGGGAUCUGGGGUUAUCUCAUACGAUAAACUAUAUUUUGAGCUAAAAUGAGCAUUAAACUCUCCUGUAAUUGUGUUUAUCAUCUAUUGAUCUUCUUAAUCCUUUGGUUUCAUCACUUGGUAUAUUGUGAAUGAAUAACGGGAUUUGCCA